AUGGAUAAUGUAGAUUUAAAAAAUUUAAUUGAUGAUUUAGUAUUUAAUCAAAAUUUUCUUAAUUAUUAUGAUUUAAAAGCAUAUCUCCAAAAAUAUGAUAACAAUAUAACGGGUGAUGAUAUGGAAUAUUAUUAUCCAUAUUAUAAAAAUGAAUUUUUGAAAUAUCAUGAUAAAAUAAUUUCUAAAAUUAAAGACAAAAUUAAAAAUAAUGAAUAUUCAAAGGGAAAAACUAAAUCACAACUUAAACAGUUGAAAGAUUUCAAAAAUAAAGUAUUAACAGAAGAAGAUAUUGAUGAAUUAUAUAAAUUAUAUAAUCCUGAGCCGCAAAAAACAAAGGAACAAAACGCCCAGGUCCUUCAGAUCAUAAAUGAUGCACAAGCUUUAAUUUAUGAUUCAUUAGUUAAACCAUAUUCAGCCCGACUUUUAAAUGAAGAUCAACUUUUGGAAUUCAUCCUUCAACAUAAACUCGAAGCGGGAAAGUAUAUCAAACCUUUAUAUACAGCAUAUUUAAAACAAAUGAAUAGAAUACAUCCAGAAUUAAUGAAAGGAGGAAUGAAAUCCAAAAUCAAAGCAGAUAAAAUUAAACCUCCAACGACAGUACCGCCUCCUCCUUCAGUUAAUCCUUCAUCAUUCACUUUAUUAUAUCCAUUUCAAACAUUAAAGAAGCAAAAAGAUUUUAAAAAGGAUUUCAAGAUAUUAAAUAAACCAAUUGACCCGAAAAUUCAACCAUUAAAGGAAAAAUUUAGUCGACCUUCAUUUGCUCCAUAUCCAUAUUCAUACGAAAUCGAUCAUCUGGAAUAUUCAAAAGGAAAAGUUACUUAUUUAUUUGCCAUUAACAUUAACACUAGAUAUUUAUAUUGCAUUCCAGUGAAAGGGAAAACAGAACAGGAAACAAGAAGAGCUAUUCAAUACUUACUAGAUCAUGAAAGAGUAGAUAAUAUCAGGGGUGAUGGUGAUAAAGGAUUUCAGGCAGCUAUGACUCAUUAUUUCCCACAAAUUAAUUUUUACUUUUCAUCCUCUCCAUAUACGUUUCAUAAUAAAAUAGUUGAUGCGGUAAUGAGAACUCUUAGAGAUGCGUUAGGGGUUAACGGUCAGAUAUACUGGGAUGGAAAUCAUGA